CCGGCUGAACCGUUUUCGUCUGCUUGCGUGCUUUGUGGGCAUCUGACAUUGUAUUUAUUUUGUUGUUUCCACUCAGCUUGUCGAGAAAAGGCACAUAAUAUUUCAAACAGAUUAAAAACUAAACAAGGAUAUUGGAUAACCUUUUAAAGUCAUGUGUGAGAAGAAUCAGGAAAAGUUGAAAGACUUCAUUUUAUCCCUGUCGAAACCAGUGGUUUUUCACGGCAGGAUCGACGAUUGGGAAGUCCUCAAGUGGAAUAUUGAAGACUGGAGCACUGCGUUUGGAAAAAAACUUCUGCCCUUCAGAUGCGGUGUGCGAAGCUGCUCCUUACAACCCCUCUGGGAACGUUACUGCGGUAGAGAAGUAAUGACGCUUGCAGAAUUCGCUAGCAUUCAACGCAAUCCCAAAGAACUGAAAGAUUCUGGCAAAUGGUUUUACUUUGAUUACAAAUACUUGAAUGAGUGGACUCCACAAGACAACAAUGCUCUCAAGUCUGUUUCUUGGUCCAGCUUGGGGUUCCCAGAAAUGGAAGUGGCCGGGUCCACACUUUGGAUUGGAAGCGGUGGUGCUCACACCCCGUGUCAUUAUGACACCUAUGGCUCUAAUCUAGUUGCUCAAGUGUUUGGCACCAAACGCUGGAUUCUCUGGCCACCAAGUGAAUCAAAAACUAUGAGGCCCACACGAGUACCAUACGAAGAAUCAAGUGUCUAUAGCAAAUGGAACUUUAACUGUCCCCUACCAAGUGAAUUUUAUCAUGACUGCAAAGAAAUAUAUAUUGUGGAUCUUAAGCCUGGAGAUGUGUUGUUUGUUCCUCGCCACUGGUGGCACUAUGUGGAAUGUUUGGACACAUCAGUUAGCAUCAAUUCCUGGAUGGCUUCAAAUUUAGAUUAUGUCAGUCGACUAGAUGAAGCCCUAGUCAAGUUUACAGUAUCUCAAGUAUCGAAAGAUUUAUCUCUUGCCGAUAUAAAUGUAAUUGUUAAUCCUAAUGAAGAUGAUGUUGAUUCUACUCCUUUGAGUGACUCUACGAAUAUGAUAACUUAUUGUACAGAUGCUUUGAAGUCAAAAAUAACUGAGCGAUCCAAAUGUUCAGAUAUGGAUGCUUCUGAUCCUCUACCUGUUGUGGACAGGGCUGAAUAUGUUCCUUGCAGCACUCUUGAAGAACUAAGAAAUCUCACCAAUGAUAAGUGCAACUGCAACUCCAAGGAGAGACAUCAAAGAUUAAUGACAGAAAGCAUCAUGAAGGCAAAGGAUAGUGGUAUUCUUCAUAGGCGAUAUGAAACUCCGCUUCAAAAAGUUAUUAAUGCAUUUUGUCACCCUGAGGUAAUUGAGAAAGUGCGCGAAAAACUGUUAGAUAGUUUGAAUGUUGGUUUGGAUGAAUUGAUAUUGAUGCAGGAGUCUGACGUGUCUAAAUAGUCUGACCAAGAAAAAGGAUAAUAAAUAAUCAAAUACAGGUUUAAACUUUGUUAA